AACAUUAAAGUCUGUGCUUGAGUCUGUGAUUAAAGUUUUCAGAAGUUUUUAAAGAAGUAUUAAAAUUAGUGGAUGUUGGGUAUAUCUUUCCAUUUUAAUUGUGCAUAACAUGCCACUCCUAAUAACUCGGAGUAUUUUUCAUAAAUUCAAGGUUACUCCAUCUGUUUCAAAGUUAUCCAAUAAAUUACUAUGUAGUGGACCGCCUGAAGCGAUUUUAAUAGAAAAGUCCUUUGAAGGACCAAUUAUUGUUUUAAGAGAAGAGGACAAUGUUGAUAUAAUUGGUCCUCCUGAUUCACUAUCUAAUUUAAGACCUAUUAUACGUAAAAGUCUUAGGAAUGAAACAGUACUACAACGGCACUUUAGAGAAACAGCUAAUGCAAUACAAAUAUGGAAUCAAGAGUUUUGGGCUAACCAUAACACUAAUUUUCUAAAGGAAAAAGCAGCAUUUGUAAAAAAACACAGAUCAGACAAGAAUCAUCAAUUAAAUGCUGAUGAAAUGAGUGAAUUUUAUAAAGAAUUUUUAGAUAAGAAUUGGGAGAGACACGUAAAAUAUAAUUUUGAAUGGUAUAGUAAAAAUUUCACUCUUUUAUAUUUAGCCCUGAAAGUUAGUAUAGAACAACUAAAAUUGAAAAUGUUAUGGUGAAACUAAGUGAAUUCUUCUUUGUGUAGUAUUUUGUACUUAAUUUGUUCCUAUUUCAUAUUACCAUUUUCAAGAAACUAAUUUAUUGUAUAUAUUUACUUUAGUUAAGAAAUAUAUUUUAUUUAUUAAAAA